AUGAGCCUGGACACCAGUGGUCUGCGACAAAGGCGAACAGGUGUUUCAAAGAUUGUCGAAGAUCUGGACAUUUUCGAAAAAGUGGUUGAUAAUGUGAAGGAAGAAAAGAAGGUGUCGUCGGGUUUGAUUUCUCUCAUUUGUUUCUCUGUGAUAUUUUGUCUUGUUGCUGGUGAACUGCUGCAUUAUAUCUCUGGAAAAAAAGAGUUUGAGUAUCGUUUUGACGUGGACACUUCGAUGGAUGAUAUGCCCACUCUUGAUGUCGAUAUGGUAGUGGCCACGCCAUGUAAUAAUCUUGCUGUAUUCAGUACUAUGGACGAAAGCGGGGGAUUGUUUGCUCCACUUAAACAAACUAUUAAAAAGGAUCCUACUAGGUUUGAGCUUACCGCAGAGGAGCAACUCUAUUGGACUGUGCUUCGACAUGCGCACUCUACUAUGAAUGAAGGCGGUUUCAGAGGUCUCGAGGAGUUGCAAUAUGUUGAUUCAAAUGUGCAAGAAAAUUUGGAGUAUCUAGCAAAUCAGAAACAAAAAGAUGAAGCCGAAGCCAUCAUUGAGCAACGAAAGAACCGGAAAGACACUAAAAAUCCCUUAGAACUCGGACAAAUUGUUGUGAUGAUAGGAAACGGCAUGGGAAUGUUCCAGAUCAUCUCUUCAAAUAAUGAGGACGAAGCCGGAAAUAUUUCACAUCGGAUUGAGAAAUUCAAUUUCGGUCCCAGAGUGAGAGGUCUCGUCGCUCCUCUUGCCGGAGCUGAACAAAUCUCAAUGAGUGGUCAGGACGUUUACCGGUAUUUUAUCAAAGUAGUCCCGACGAAAAUUUAUCAGGGGAUCUUUGGUAGAUAUACUAUGGCUUAUCAGUAUUCUGUCACAUUCUUGAAAAAGAAACUGGCUGAGGGCGAACAUAGUCACGGUGGUAUUUUAUUCGAGUACGAGUUUUGUGCGAAUGUGAUCGAGGUGAAAGAAACAGCAAAAUCUCUCAUUGCUAUUUUUAUUCGCUUAUGUGCCGUUGUUGGUGGUGUAUUUGCCACUAGUCGUAUGAUUAACAAUGUCAUCCAAUUGCUGCUCAGUUUCUUCAGUCGGAGCAGUCAUGCUCCUUCUUCCUCAUCAGUGCCUCUUCUGGAAAACUCAUCUCCAACUUCUAAAGUUCCUCUUGAAAGUGAAUGCAAGAUUCCAGUUAUGAAUGCUAUGAAGUCGGCAGUAGCAUGGUGUGAUUUCACAGAUAAGUUGUUGUCGAAAACCGUCUUUUUAUUUUCUCAAUAUCUUCUUUCCAGGAGCAUGGGUGGACAGGAGUUUUCAUAUGUACCGAAGAUUCUGAAUGGCGGGUUGGCCGGAAUAGUUGGGGUGACCUGUGUGUUUCCAAUUGACCUCGUCAAAACUCGGCUUCAAAACCAACCGAUCCUACCCGACGGACAGGUACAGUACAAAGGAAUUGUUGACUGUGCAAAGCAAACGUGGAAAUCUGGUGGAGCUUCUAUUUUUUCGAAGGUCCGUGCCUUGUACUCUGGAUCAGCAGUCAAUAUAGUUCUGAUAACUCCUGAGAAAGCCAUUAAAUUAGUGGCCAAUGAUUUUUUCCGAUAUCAUCUGUCUGUCCCUGGAGAAAAAAAGUUAUCAGCAUGGCGAGGAAUGAUUGCGGGAGGAGGAGCUGGCAUGUUCCAAAUAAUAGUGACCACUCCUAUGGAGCUACUAAAAAUACAGAUGCAAGACCAAGGGCGGACUGCAGUGCCUGGUCAAAAGAAACUGACAGCAAUCGAGCUCACCACUAAUCUUCUGAAGGAGAAAGGCAUAGCCGGGUUGUAUAAAGGAUUAGGAUCAACGUUUGCAAGAGACGUUACAUUCUCUAUGAUUUAUUUUCCCCUAUUUGCCUACCUUGACUCACUGGGGCCACGCAAAAGCGAUGGAAGCGGUGAUGCCGUUUUUUGGACCUCGUUCGUCGCUGGUCUUGCAGCCGGAGCUUCAGCAUCGUUUGCGGUAACUCCAUUGGACGUGAUCAAAACACGAAUGCAGACGAUCAAGAAAGGAGCGCACGAAAUAAAAUACAAAAACAUAGGAGACGCAUUCGUUAAAAUUCUCCAAAUGGAAGGACCACGAGCACUUUUCAAGGGUGCUGCGUGCCGUAUGAUGGUGAUGGCUCCACUUUUCGGAAUUGCUCAGACGGUGUACUAUGUUGGAGUUGCAGAAAAGAUCCUGGGCGUAGAGAAAAUGACCCAUGUCUGA